GGUUGAAUUUUUUUUUUUAAAUUCUUGUUGAAAACAAGUUUUUUGAAACUCAACUGUAAAAACAUACAUCAACUAUCAAGGUUUGUCUUGUCAGAUGCAUUAGAGCAACAUCAGUUAGGUUGCCAUGACAACGUUUUACCUUCAGACAGAUGCUGCCGUAUCAUACAGUUGAAGGCGCAGAAACUUUGAGAGCAAACAUGUCAAAAAUACCAGCACAAAACCUGCCAGGUACAAUAACGAAAAAGAAGAAGGAGGGAAAACCGUCCGGAAACCCCCAGCAAUCUGACAAAAAAGAAGUUUGUUCAAAAGUGAAGCAGUUUCUACUUGAAGAAGAGGCCAGAGCCUCCAAGAAGAGGGAACUCUUAUGUGUUGGCCGGAUGAUAGGAGAGCUGGAGAUACUCAUAAAGAACAAAAAUGCAGACCUUCUGAAGCUCAGUGAGAAAGUUGAAAAGCUGCAAGGUGAAGUGAGUUUGCUGCAGAAAGUUAGAGACAAAGCAAAAACGACCACAGAGGAGCUCCCCGGAGAGUCGGAAGAGGACCUCAAGGAGGCCCAAACCAUAUUAGAAAAUGAAGCUCAACUCAGAUGUGAGAACAGAGCUUUGAAGGAGGGACUUGUUAAAGAAAUCAAGAUGUUACAAAGUGAAGAUGCUGGAACUGAGGAACUCUUGAGUAAAUAUAAGAAGUACAGGAACCUGAUCUCCAGACUUUGUUCUCGGGAAUGCCAGGAAGCUCAACGAGGAGACACUCGGGAGAAUCAGGAUGAUCAGAACUCUGAGCUUGAGGAAACAGCGGUCUGUAAAAAGUCACCAUUUCUGAUCUGGAAAAACUGCAUUGAUUCUGUCAGGGUGAUGCUAAAGCUGGAGGAGCUGGAAGAUCAGAACUUGUUUCUGAUUGAAAGCUCAACAGAGAAGAACGACUUACUGGAUCAAACUAUCGAGCUCAUCACCAAAGCAACUGAAGAAGAGGAGAGGACACAAACACUGAAAGUUGACAGCAUGAAGAACAAAUGUGCUAUUGAAAGAAGAAUUGUUGAUAUUGUCAAAAAGAAGGUUGAUCAACACAAUUCAUCAGCAACUGUGGAGCAGGACAUUUUGUUGGAGACUUUACGCAAAAAAGUGACUGAGGUGCAUUCCUGCUUCGCGGACGCAGAGCUGAGCUCCACCAGCACUUUGGAGAAGCUGGCUUUCAUUGAAAACCACAUGACUAAGCUGCUUCAAGACCUGGAGAAGAUCCCAAAAGAUGAGGUCAAGUCUCUGUGGCAGAUCAAGGAGAAAGAGAAGAGAAGCAGAUGGCGGGAGGAGAAACUGCGACUGGAGACGGAGAAACGCGAGGAAAAAAUGAGGAGGCACGCCGAACUGGCCAUGAAAGAGCCCAAGAAAAUUACUGGGCGGAAGCUCAUGCAGAGAUUCAUGCCUGUUGUCAAGCCGAAGACUAAAGUCAUCGAUGAGGUCACCCAGGAGCCUGAAGAUGACCUCUAUAAAGACCUGUUCUCUGAGAGCACUUGAUUAAAAAGUCCUAUAAAAAGUUGA